AAAAGGCCAAUUAAUCGAGAGAUAAAAGAAAGGCCAAUUAAUCGAGAAAAAAUUGCGACACUUUUAUGUCCGAAACGACUACAAAACUCGCAGCAAACCCUAGCUAAAAAAUAAACCACCAAAACAUGCAACCAGGAAAUUUGCCGGAAGGUUCAGAAUUCCACCGGUUCUUUGCCGGAGAAACUGUGAUGGACGUUGGAAAGUACGGAUUUCAACAGAAUUGUGAAUUUCCGGCGGUCCAAAGCUUUUGUAGUUCCUCAUUUUACCCUUGGGAGUCGUCCGGAAUUACGGAUACGCCAGAAGCCCGAGCUCUCGCUGCCUCAAAGAAUCAUAAAGAGGCAGAGAAGCGUCGUAGAGAGAGAAUCAAUUCGCAUCUUGAUAGACUAAGAAGCCUUCUCCCCUGCAAUUCCAGAACAGACAAAGCUACACUGCUGGCAAAGGUGAUCCAACGAGUGAAAGAGUUAAAGAAGCAGAGCUCAGAGACCAUUCAACUUGAAACCUUCCCUUCCGAGACGGACGAAAUCACAGUCUCCUCCUCCGGUGAUUGUCUGAGUGACGGAAGAUUAUUGAUUAGAGCAUCCUGGUGCUGUGAAGACCGAUCUGAUCUCAUUCCUGAGCUAAUUCAAACACUGAAAUCGCUCCGUCUGAAUCCUCUCCGAGCAGAGAUGGUGACCCUUGGAGGGAGAAUCAGGAACAUUUUGAUCGUCGCCGGAGAUAAAGAAAACAGUGACGAAUUGGUUCAUUUCUUAAAAGAUGCAUUAAAAUCAGUAGUCCAGCCUUUGGGUUCUGAUUUUGGUGGGCAGACUAAAAGGCGACGAGUUCUUAGGUCAGGACCCUCCCUCUCACAAUUUUAGCUCCAUUUUCAUAUGUGGGUUGGUUUGUGUUGUAUUUGUGUUGUUCAAUGAAUAAUUCAAAAUGCAAUAAUAUUUGUUGUGGGCAUUGGCUGAUUGUAAAAAUCAAAUGCUUCUUUGAGUUUUUCUUAA